AUGGAACAAAACAAUGAAGAUCAGGCUCCCAGCAGAGCAUCGUCCCGAGCUAAUCUCCCGGAGGAGGAUGCUCAGCCAAGAGCGACCGGUAUGCCUCCGAUGCGUGCAGAAAUGGUAGCAGCGGAUGCGGCUGUGAGGCAAAAAGAAGGGGUUUUGCGGGUCUCUUCGGGCGUUCGUCCUUUGCCAGAAGAGCUCAAAGAAUUAAUGAUGCAAGCUGGCACUAUUCAUGAUACCACCAAUAUUGCAGUGGGUCAAGAAUUGACUUCGGCUCAUGAUACCAACGCUCCUCCUCAGUUGCGAGUGGUGUCUCCGGAAGCCACCACCACUGGACCAGUUACUACUACCGGUACCGGUACUACAAUAGGUACAAGUGGUGACGACAUUUCCAAGAAUUUAAAAAUUGCCGAUAAGGUUGCUGUUGGAGUGCAAAAUUUGCAACCAGCUGUCGACAUGACCACACUGUACCGAGACAAUCAGCAUCGUCGUCGACAGCAAGCUUUCCCGGGAGCCUACAAUGUUGCUGGAUUACAGCCUGGGAAUGCAAACCCCAAUCGAGAUGCAGCAGAACCAAAUGCUUCCCCAGAUUCACCCACUCAUGAUAAUAAUAAUAAUCAAGGCUUGGCGGUGGCACAACCAGUAGCAGAUGAUGACCUGGAAGAUGCCCGUCCAGUACUGCCAGAAAAUGAAGCCGCUCGACUGGCCAAACGCAAGCAGACAAACUUUAUGAUCACCAUUGGAAGUUUGUGUGCCAUUGCAGUGGUUGUCUUUUUGAUAAUCUUCUUUGUAGUGGAGGGUGAAAAGGAUAAAAGCCCAACCAUUGUUGUCCAGGCCCCAGCAGCAGAAGAAAGCAACAGCACCGCAUUUGGAAACUCGACAUUGGAAUCCAUCCAUCGCACCCCACCACAAAUCUUGAUUGAAUUAUUGCCUUCUGAGACCCUCCCUUAUCUGGACUCCAGUGGAAGUGCACAGGCAAGGGCAUUCCAAUGGGUCACAGAGGAUCCCCAAUUUGACACAUAUUCAGAGAAGCGUUUGCAGCAACGGUUUGCCUUGGCGACAUUCUUCUACAGCACUGGUGGAGAUGGAGAUGGUUGGGGCAGCAAGACAAACUGGCUCAAUGCAUCCGUACAUGAAUGUCACUGGGACUACUUCAUGCCAGACAACCGGCACUAUCAAAAUCAACCUGGAAUUCGUCACUAUGACUACCAGUACAUUGAUGGCCCUUGUGUGCCUAGCAACGAAAGCAUGGUAGCAAACAACUACAGCGUUGCUACAGAUGUGGCGUUUCAUGAUGACUACUUGUAUCUUGCCUUGGUUGGACAAGAGCUGCGUGGUGAGAUCCCGCCAGAGAUCACCAUGUUGACUUCACUUCUCAUGAUCCAGUUGCAAGACACUGCCAUGGAGGGGCAUAUUCCCACCAUUCUAACCAAUCUCACGGGACUGCGUGAGCUGCACCUUUACCGCAGUGCCUACACGGGCACUAUUCCAAGCCAGUUGGCGUUGUUGACAGAUUUGAGUUUGCUCACCAUUGGAGGGAAUGAGGGAAUUCAAGGGUCCAUGCCAAGUGAGAUUGGUUUGCUGUCAGACCUUGAAACACUCAUGAUUGUAGAAUCGAAUGUGACAGGAACGAUUCCAAUUGAAUAUACAGGCCUCCAUCCUCUCAAUUUCAUGGUCUAUCAAAAUCAACUCACAGGAACCAUACACACAGAAUUUGGGCUGUUCUCAAGAGUUGAAUGGUUCAUGAUAUCAGAGAAUCAACUUAAUUCAACAAUUCCAACUGAGCUUGGAUUGAUGGAAAAUGUGAAAACACUUUAUGCCUAUAUGCUGAACUUGAUUGGCACCAUCCCAAGUGAACUGGGCUUGUUGAAAAGCAUAAAACAGAUCUAUAUUGACAUUAAUGCAUUGACUGGAACGAUACCCACUGAACUUGGCCUCCCUAAUGAAACCUUCUGGAGGAUUGCCGUGGGAGACAAUCUUCUUACUGGCACAAUUCCUAGUGAGCUUGGACUCCUCACUGAAUGUCACAAUUUGCAAGCAGCUAGGAAUUUUCUCACUGGUGCCAUUCCCAGAGAAGUUGCUGCCAUGCCGGCUAUGGAGUACUUUUCCCUCCAGGACAACCAGUUUUCUGGAACCCUUCCCAGUGAAUUGUUUUACAAUGGUAGCAAGAUGUACCGCUUCUGGUUAGAGAACAAUGAAAUUACUGGAAGCAUCCCUGAAGAGAUUGGCUAUUGGAGUAGCCUGUGGAGAAUGCGAGUGGAUGGAAAUCGAAUGACUGGAUCACUUCCAUCUGAGAUUGGCUCCCUAGCAAAAUCGCUUGUCCGGCUCAAUGUUGGUUCGAAUCAGUUCUCUGGAAAGAUCCCAUCUGAGAUUGGGAAUCUGCUCAAGCUCAAAGAGUUCUCUGCUGGCGACAAUGGCUUGACAGGCACUCUUCCUGCUGAGCUAGCCUUAUUGGUGACAGAAGGAAAAUUGAAAGUCUUGAACUUGACCAGCAAUGAGGGUCUCUUGGGAGCCAUCCCCAAUGACUUUUGUUUGUUGAUUGCUGACCCUGCUUUGAACAAUGUUCUGGAGUUUGAUUGUGGUGCUCUUUGUGGGUGCCAUUGCUCUUGUGAUAAUGUGUCAUCGUUUGCCUUGUAUGGUGAGAAUGGAACUUUCUUGGCGGAUAUGAAGGGAGGUUGGGUCUAA